AUGCCAUUCCUAGAAGGCCUUUUGAUAAGCACUCGCAAUCUCAUCAGUGACAUUGGCCGCAGAGAGGGUGUAGGUUCAGAUGCAAAAGAUGAUGACGGUCUUUCACCGAUUCAUGAAGGUUUAGGAGAAGACAAAGAGGCGGAAGCCGCACCUCAAACGAUUGAGCAACUGGAAACUGCCAUAUCCAGAACAAAGGCCAAGUUUCAGGAAGUAAAAAUAGCAGGGAGACAAGCAAUGGCUGAUCAGAGAAAGGAGAUUCGUACAUUGAAGGCCGGUAUGAAUCAGUGGGAAGUGAAGCUAAAAAAGCGACAACGAGCGGCAUACGAUGUCCCAUAUGAUCAUUAUGGCGAGUAUAUGCGGCGCGAAUCUCCCGAAGAAGCACUCGAAGCCACAGAGGAGGACGACGAUCUAUCACCACCAGCUGCACAUCAAUCCAAUUCAGAUCCUACUGCUGCACCAACAAUGUCCGAAUCAAUGGAAAAAAGGCUUUCCAAAAUGCUAGAAGCGCAGGUGCUCAAGCACUUGCACCUCCUAAUGGUGGCAGAGCAACAACUGCACAUCCAAUCAAACAUAUGGAAUGAUAUCGUUCUCACACUGCACGAGAAACCAGGCUCUUUGGAUCAAGAUUUUAUGGGAGCCAAGCUACGAAUUCUAACAGAAAUAUCCACCAGCGAAAAGACCAAGACGCAAUUGGAAAAACAGGGCGAGGCGCAAGUUCGCAAGCAAGUACUAUCCAUGUGCAAGCUCAAGCGGGAGGUCGCACAAGAAGUGAAGAAGAAAACAUCUCAGUUGGAAGACAAAGUAUUCAAAAACGGUGAGGAGGAAACUGCAACCAUGCAAUUGAUACGAUCUCUGUCUUCGGAUACAUUCGACAGCGCUGAUUUGGGUCCGAUCGAAGAAGCCAAAACUGCAAGCCCAGUGGAUGCACGUCCUAAAAUAUCACUGUCCCGACAGACUUCUUCUCUCAAGCUCCGAUUGGCUCGAGAAAAAGCUGCUGCCCGAUUGGCAGAAUCCAAGCAACGAUUCACCUCGACUUCCUCCAUUUCCAUCAAUUCCGAUCUCAUCAGUUUGGAUUCCAUCAGUGAACACAAUGAGCGAUCGGGAAUUCCAGUGGAAACGAAACUCGACGAUGACGACGAUAACAAAAGGCUGUCACCCUCAGGCGUGAACGAGUUUCCAAGUCCAGUUGUGUGA